CCCACCACAUCUUCCAUCUUCGGUUCCUUGCUCUGCACCGCCUCCUGCUCAUCCAUCUCCCAUGGUGCCCAGCCGAGCAGCCCGUGGAGGCUUCCUCCCACGCCCAGCCCUCUCUACUGAUGGCCGCCGUCCCUGCUCCAGUUCUUGGCCAGGUUUGCACCAGCAGGUCGCCUAGGUCCGCCCGUCUUCGCCAAGCUGACGCCCCUGCCUCUUUUUCCUUGGGCCGCGCCCGGUGCUCCUCCACCAAGCCUGGCCGGCGUGCUCUCCUGGCCGUGGUCGGAUCUAUCUUCCUGCUUCCCCUCCGGUACGUUCUCGCUUUCAGCUCGUCGCGCUGCCCUGGCCUCCAUCCGAGCUCUCCCAGGUCGGAUGGGGAUCCCCUGCGAGCUCCCCUCGACAACCGUCGCUGCCUCCCUCGUCGUGGACUCCGAACGUCGACCUCAUCCCAACCUGCAGCCUCGUCGAAUCUUCGUCCUCGUUGGUUGUCGAUCUCCCUCAGCUGCUCGGCUCUAAUUCUGCCGAUGCGUCGCCUCCAUGGUUGCGGACAUCGUACGGUGCUGGCCUCCGUGUGCGCCAUGUCUUCUCUAGCUCCGUGAGGACGAGCAUCAUGCCCGUGGUCUACAUGGUCGAGGCCCGUCAUCAUUCCGGUGUUUUGGGCAGCUCUGACCAUUGUCGUCGUCCGCGCUGCUGUUGUAGACGUCGAGCCUUGUGCACCACUUGUUCGACAAAAUGCCCAAGCCAAGUGGACAUCACACACAACUUGAGUUCGGUUAGUCCUGGUCAGUGUAUAGUUUAAUCUUCUCGAAAUUAUUUAAUACCAAGCUUAUAUGUGGUGACCUCUAACUCCUCAAUUUCACUAAUUCUUAGUACAAGCAGAUCCCUACUAAUAUCAUUUUGUUGUUAAUAUUUUGUGUGUACGCGUGUGAUUUUUGCGGAGGAGAAACACCUGAGGCAGUUGGGUGGAAAAGAAUAAAGGAAGCUCUCGCGCAUCACACACCUAGCGCUCAACGGAAAGAUUGAGUCGGAAUCGUCGCCGUUUCCGUUGUUGGGUUUAGUAUGGUGAACUCUUUCGCCAUCCUUGUUAGUAGCGUGUAAGGUGGAUGCAUCUGCAUAGUAUGAUUAAAUUGAUUCUUUGAUUGUAUGAUAUGAGUUUUAGGUUUAAAUUGCAAGGUAUGUAUGAAUAUUAUUUGGUAAGCAUGUAAUUAAAAUAAUUUGUGAUGAUACAUGGUAUGGAGUAUGCUUGGACAGGUAUAUGUGUAUGCAUGUUUGGUU